AUGAUGGGGAAUGGUGAAAAUUGACCCGGAAGAGUAACCUAACAGGUUAUUUCCUUUUCAAUCGUCGUCGUGGUCUGAAAAACCUCAAAAGUUUUUUCAGUAAAGUAACAGACCCAUCAGCAAUGGCUAAUCCUCUUGCUUUAGAAAAUGUCUGGCUCCAGCAACAAAAGUUUGAGGAUGCUGAGCGUCUUUACCGCCAGCUUGAAGCUGGAACAACAAAAGCUUCAGUUGUAGAGAAAACAGGUAACUCUUUGGCUGGUGAAAUAGCCCAAGUGAGAAAGGACAUACAGAAUGCAUUAAAUAAACAACCAGUUUUGGGAGCUGGAGGGGCUGGUGGUGAUGCUAGUGUUCUGAAGCGUUUAGAAGCCUUAGAAAAAGAAAACAGAGAACUCAGGAAAAUUACUGAUGACCUUAAAGCUUUGAUAUUAAACAUACAGUCAUCUGGUUCUGGUAAGCCAGCCGCUACCCCUGCUGCUGCUCCUGCUGGCAAACCACCAGGUAAACCUGCUCCAUCAAAACCUGCACCCCCUGCUGAUGAUGAUGACGACGAUGAUGAUUUGUUUGGCAGCGAUGAUGAGGAAACAAAAGCAUUGAAAGCUAAAAGACUUCAGGAUUAUGAAGAAAAAAAAGCCAAAAAGCCAGUUCUUAUCGCCAAAUCAAGUGUUCUUCUUGAUUGUAAGCCUUGGGAUGAUGAGACAGAUAUGGCUGAAAUGGAGAAAAGAGUUAGAUCAAUUGAAUUAGAUGGUCUAGUAUGGGGUGCAUCAAAACUUGUUGAAGUAGGAUAUGGCAUCAAGAAACUUACUAUUAUGUGUGUUGUAGAAGAUGACAAAGUCAGCAUAGAAGAUCUUUCUGAACGAAUCACAAACGAGAAUGAAGAUUUGGUCCAAAGUGUUGAUGUGGCUGCAUUUAACAAAAUCUAGAUAUGGAAUACAAUUUUAAAUUGUAAAAAUAAUAAAAGCAAAUGUUAUUUAUAUUUCAAA